UAAAAACACCAAAUCUUGAUCAUCACUUUAAUCCAAUCAUUCUCCAAUCCAAAUCUUCAAGAAACUAACUAAUGGCUACCUCAAUGAUUGAUGUUAACCAAUGCCCCAUUGAAAUGGAGAAACAAGAAUUUGACUACUCCCAAAGGUCCCAAUGGCUAAGAGCAGCUGUUCUUGGAGCCAAUGACGGAUUAGUAACAAUUUCUUCCCUAAUCUUGGGAGUUGGUGCUGUCAAAGAUGAUCCCAAGUCCAUGAUCCUCACCGGAUUUGCGGGCCUCGUCGCCGGAGCUUGCAGCAUGGCAAUCGGAGAGUUCGUCUCCGUUUACUCGCAGCUCGACGUCAAACUCGCGCAGAUGAAGAGGGAGAAAAAGGAGGAGGAAGAAGAGGAUCGGGAGAAGCUCCCGAACCCGUUUCAGGCUGCAUUGGCAUCGGCCCUCGCGUUUGUUAUGGGGGCCGUGGUGCCGCUGCUGGGGGCGGCUUUUGUGAGAGAGUAUAGGGUGAGGUUGGGGGUGGUGGGGGCGGCGACGACGGCGGCGCUGGUGGGGUUUGGGUGGGGUGGGGCGGUGUUGGGGGGGAGUAGGGUGGGGAGGUCCUGUGGGAGGGUGGUAGUUGGAGGGUGGAUGGCCAUGGGGAUCACUUUUGGGCUUAGUAAGUUGAUUGGCUUAGGGGGCUUGGAGAUGUAAUGAUAUAUAGUAUAAUAUAUAUAUAUAUAUAUAUGUGUGUGUGUUUGUUCAUGCAUGGGGUUUGUGUUAGUACGUGUUGUUUGUAUGUGGAAUAAAGGUGUGCAAUGGGGCUCUUUAUUUUU